AUGUCGGUCCGGUUCACGAAAGACGGCAGGAGAUUGGUGACGGCAUCCACGGACAGGACCGCCAAAAUUUGGGCCCUGCAGAGCGGAAAGUGCUUGCAGACCCUGGUGGGCCACAAGGGCCCCGUUUACUCCGCCUCGCUGUCUCCAGACACGGCGGACGUGGAGCUGGCAGUGACCGCGUCGCAGGAUCGAACCGCAAUGCUGUGGCACACGGAGGGCGACACGGGCACCUGCUUCUUGAUGCUGAGCGGGCACGAGAAGCAGGUGCACGACGCGGAGUUCUCCCCCCACGGCAGGCUCGUUGCCACGGCCUCCGACGACCGCACCGCUCGGCUCUGGGAGAUCCCGAGCGGCGCCUGCAUGCAGGUCCUGCGCGGCCACACGGAUGCCGUGUACUGUGCAGCCUUCUCCCCCGACGGGAGGUCCGUGGCGACGGCGUCGGCCGACAAGACCGCGAGACUCUGGGAGGCGGCCACCGGCGACUGCAUCAGAACGCUCAGCGGGCACACCAGCUGGGUGCGCCACGUCGCCUUCGACGAGGGCGGGACGCGCAUGGUCACCGCGUCCGGCGACAGCACCGCGCGGGUCUGGCUCUGCAGCGACGGGCAGUGCCAGCUCACGCUGACCGGCCACACGGGCUGGAUGCGCGGCGCGGAGUUCUCCGAGGACGGCGCCCAGAUUGCCACGUGCGCGAGGGACGGCACCACGCGCAUCUGGUGCGCCACCAGCGGGUGCUGCCUCCGAAGGCUGGAGCACGACGCCUGGGUGCGUUCGGCGGCCUUCGCCCCCGACCUGCUGGACCACGACGGGGGCACAGCGGGCGCCCCGCCGCGGUUCUUCGAGCGCGACGUGGCUGCGGCCCGCAACCGUCCGCGGCUGGGCUCGUCCGCCGCCCGAAAGCUUUCCGCUUAGACAUACAUCGAUACAUGC